UUUUGUUCUCCUCACACAAAUCUGGGCUUAAAUGCUAAAAUUAUUACUGGGUUUAAUAGUCGCCACUCCUGCUGCUGUACUUGAUAAUAAUUGUCAAUAUAUAAUGUUUGAUAUCUUUACGUUUAUUUACAUUUGAAAGGAAUGUGAACAACGGGAUUUACAGAGGUGUAAAGAGGUGUGUAGACUUACGAACAUAUCCGUUGAGUCUAGCUCUACUUGUCGCUAGAGCACCAGGCACGCAAUCAGCACGCAAUAGGGGAGCUGGACACUGACGUUGCAUCAACAGCCACGUACCGAGAGCUGGGAACAGAGGCUAUUCUUUUACAUACUUCACAACACCUUGUGCAGAGCGCGCAGUCGUCAGUCUCUAUCCGCAAAGCCCGUGGCAGCGCACAUAAAGAACUUCAGAAGCCUUGCUAUAGUUCCAGCAUGUUACAUAUUCGGCAUUUUGUAUCCAAGCAUAUCCGCAUGGCAACAGUUUAAUUUGCUGAGCAGUUUUGGAAGAUCGUUUUUUCCUCGGCUGAUGUGACAUUAUCCCUUUGGAAUGAUGUGGACCUCUCAUGACUCUAUUGGAUUUGUUUUCCUGUCCAGUUUAUGUAUCCAAUUUGGAUUCUCCUUUGAAGGAAAGUUUACGGAUAUCCCCUCCAAUCUAACAGUUAAAGAAGGUCAAAACAUUGAAAUGGCGUGCGCCUUCCAGAGUGGAACCGCAUCAGUUUACUUGGAGAUUCAGUGGUGGUUCAUUAGAGCGCCAGAAGAGCCGAGCAAUAGCGAGGAGGAGGAUGAUGACGAAGAAAUGGAAAUGAUACCAGAGCCUGAUCCAGACGACGAAGGGACUAAAAUAAGUACGGUGAAGGUACAGGGAAACGACAUCUCCCACAAACUGCAGAUCUCCCGGGUGGGGAAGAGUGACGAGGGCCUGUACGAGUGCAGAGUCACCAACGCCAACUACGGAGAGCUGCUGGAGUACAAGGUCCAGGCCUACCUGAAUGUGAACAGCACCAGGCCCCGCAUCAGACCGGUCAAGAAGACGUCCCCCCUGUCCCACCUGACAGCAGAUAAGAAGCCCCGCAAGACAGGCUCCACAGCAGCACAAGACGGCAUGAGCGCCGACCAGAGGGUCCGCUCUACCUCCAGCUCUCAGACUUCAUCAGCCAAGACAGUCAAACACAGUUCAGGUACUAGGAUAGCUACAAGCUACGGACUUGCCAUCCUGAUUCUUGGCUGUGGCUUUAUGAGGGAUACCUUGCUAUAGUUUCAAGAACGGACUUUUCCUCCCAGUAUCACUAUGUAUGGCCUAUUAUUACCACCAAGCAGACAGCACAGUUGGCCCCUUUUUUCCCCCCACCACUACUCUGCACCCAAUGAAUUCUUAUUACCCAUUGUACACAAGAGGCACCUUCUCAAAGGCCAGCUGCGGGAUUACCUGUUGUGCCAAUAUUUCUUCAGCACUCCCAACAAUUGAAACAAAAUGGAAACCGACAGUGUCUACUUGGAAUAUCUUUCACAAAUACUUUUAUUUUGGUUUCCUGCAAUACAUGUAUUGUGUCAAAGUAGAAAACAAAAGGAUCUAUAUUUGUGUAAUAUAUGAGUAUACAAUUGUUUUAUUUCAAACUCCUUGAACUGUUUAUAGCUUACAUUCACUUUGUUGAUCAUGUAACUACAUUGUACAAGGGUAUUCAUGCCCCACCCAAAACAAAAUAACUACUAAAAUACAACAAAAUGAUGUAUAGGCCUAGUUGGAUUGCUAAAUUAGGGCAAAUCGACAUUGUAUUAUUUUAAAAUCUGCAUAUGUAUAAUCUGCAACUACAAUUCUUGAACUUUGUUAUUAUGGAUCUGUUCUUAUUCAUUCUCACAUUCUUUACUUUUGUACGGUAUUUCCUUUGGUAUACAAAAACAAUACUUCCAUCCCUUGUAAUUUCCUGAUGUGCAACAGCUUCACAUGUUAUGAAGCAUAAUAAUGUCAAUGUUUAUAUGUGACUGUGCCAGCAGACCAUUCGUUUAAAAUUUGGCUGCACUAAUAUUGUAAAAAGCCAUUAAGAAAUGGAAUGCUUCACUUAGAGCACAGCUCUAAUAUUCAAAUAUGCUCCAUUACUGAAAAGAAGAAUCUAGGUACUGCUGUAGCCUAAUGCUCAGGGGCAUUGUCUUUGUGUAAAGAAUCUCACAUUAGCCAAGAAGAGUUCUUAUGCCAUUUGAUGGUGCAAUGAUGCCCCAACGGUAUCUAUAGUAUACGUUCCUUAUCUGUAACACACAGAUCAGGACGAGGAAACAGUUUAAAGGUCUUGUGAUUAAGAAAAUGGUUUUAAAUUGUUCUCGCUCUUGUCUUGUCCAUUCUCAAUGUUCAUCGACACAACGCUUUGACAAUCUGACCUCUUGUUUCAGAACCCGUUAGCAGAAGUCAUGGAUUCUACUGUUAUACUAAACUGUUCAUAUAUAUAGAAUAUUUGUUCCAUAGACAUUCACCACAUGGAAUCAUUUCGAUUCACUAUAUGGGUGCACCUAUUUUAUGUAGAGUCAUUGUUAAGUGCAAUGACCACUGGACAUAUUAUGCCACCAUAGCUACUGUAUGAAUAGGUGGUAUUGGUGAUCGUGCGGCAAAAGUGCUUCAGAUCUGCCUUUCAGUUGAGUUGAAGAGGGUAUCCAUAGAAUGAAGAGAGUCUCCAUUUUAAAAUGUAUUAUGUGACCAAAGACCGUGGCUAUGGCCAUACAAUAUUGACGUUCACCAACAUCGAUCUCUUUGCACAUUGCUUAUACUAUAGCCGAGUGUUCUCACAUAUUGUGCCCCUUUAUUCCCUAUCUUUUUACAAUCUCAGAACGAGGCGGACAAUCUGCCCAGAUUCACAAAGCACCAUCUGUCCAUUUCUUCAAAUCGUAUUUAAAAUAACACCACCUUGGAUGGAAUAAUUAUAUGUAUUGGCAGUGCAAAAAACUUCCUGGGGCCACUAAGAAGCAGGAUUUUGCUUAAGGUUUCCACCGGAAACAAUCUCCAGUCUUCUGUAGACAGCGCUGCUGAACUCAGUGAGGGAUCUUAACCUGUUGAUACAGCAGUUGGAGUUAGCUGACAGAGCAAAUAAUACAGAGGAAUCCAGCUAGAGACAUAUCCUGAUCAGCAAGUCUGGUCAGGGUACAAAAUGUGUGGGCUAUAUACAGUAUUUAAUCUGCGCUGGUUCCCGGGAUGAGAACAGUUAAUCUAGUAGAGCUGUGUCAUGCUGCUUAACCUCAAAUCAAUAUUAGGCUAUUGUCCAUUGAGUAAAAGUUAUUUUAUGAUUAUUAUCACAAAUCCUAACUGUUCAGUUUUGAGGAAGAAGAUUUUGAGAAGAUGACAUCUGCUAGUAGAAUGUUUAUCACAUACUUCUCCAAGCAGGUCAAAUGGAUAGCAUAUCUGUGUGCACAGUAAAAGAAUGCCUUCAGUUUAUCAAAUCCCUGUAUAAAAUUUUAAAAAUAAAAUAAAAAAUCGGUAAAACUUGUAAAGUAAUCAGCAUGUAACCUUUUUUAUCCAAAUGUUUAAAAGCAGAGACAAGUUGUGUUCUGUAUUUGUAACAAUGUUGUCAUAUAUUCGUUUUGAAGCACUAACAACAGGAAAUGGAAUUUUAAAACAACUGUAUUGACAGUCUGUUAAGGAGGACCACUUGCCAUUGCAGUGCACACCUGUUGCAAGGCCUACUACUUCAACACGAAAUGGAAUCACUACAGAGUACAAGGUCAAGCAAAGUGGAUAUAUAAUUUAAAGGAUCGACAACAGUCGCCUGAUAAGGGAAUUGCAACGUCUGACAAUUGUGGUGGCUAACAAGCAACGAAGUCUCAGUCCAUCAAACAAGAUACUAUAUUAUCACAUUUGAGCAACUCAAAUCCAUGGAUAUUGUUUCAAAAACAACAACACAGCAGUUAUGUUUUCUUUAUGACGCCGAUGCCCAUUGUUUCAGCUCCACAUAGAUGAAUUGUUUCCUUAUUACUCUUCAUCUCAAUGCAGUCUUAUCUGUUUGUUGAGCUGUCAAAAAUGUUAUGACCUGUAAUUUUCAUUUGAUUUGGUACUGUGUGAAGCUUCUGUACUGGAACGUUUGCAGCAGUUUGUAUUAUAAUGAUGAUAUCAGAAAAAUAUUGAAAUAAAUCAUUUUCACAGAUGGGAUUCAAA